AUGGGCUUAUUUAUAUUUUUAGAAGCUGCAGAGAGUGAAUCUGAGAGUGAAGAGGACAAUGAGAAUGCACAUGGCAUGGCUAAGAAAGAAAGGGAACAUGGGAAAAAUACAAAAACAGGCUCCUCAAAGAAACCAGGAAGUGAUGACCAAUACAUGAAAGGGAAACCUAAAAGAGUGCCAAAUACACGGCAUCAGUGGACACAAGAUGAGAAAGCUGCCCUAUUGAGAAAGUUUAAGAAGCCUAUUUCUUUAGGAAAAACACCUGGCCAAUUGGAUUGCUUAAAUGCUAUUAGGCAAGAGACAUGUUUAGCCAAGUUCACUUGGAAACAAAUAAAGUUUGCUGUAAAAAAUAUCAUUACAUCUGAAAGAAGACAAGUGAAGAAAAUGACAAAACAGGUGUAGAUUUCUUUGCAAAGAAUGCAAAAAAUAUUUUCAAAGAGAUGUAACUGGAUAGGUGAUGCAAGAGAUGUAACUCAGAUGAUUUAAAAGAUGUAACUUAGAGAGAUGAUGUAACUUGGAUAUAUUACUUUAUUUUCAUUUCACUUGUACCAUAACUAUUUUCCCCCUUCCUGUCCUUAUUCUGUAAUGUUUUUUAAACUGAUUUUUUAAAUUUUGCCUAUUGUGUUUUGGUACAAGUUUGAUCAAAAUUGGGGAAACUUCCUUUGUAACUUCAUUAUAUUCAUUCCCGCGGAACUAAUUGGUAAUGCCAACUUGAUGCAACCCGUGAAAAACUUUCUUGCAAGCUGGUCUCUUGGAAGAGAUCUGCCAUGAAUAUGUGUUUGUCCAUCUUUUAUCCAUCUGUCCAUUUGUCACACUUUAUCUUUAGUUAAGUUUCAAAGAAAUUGUAGAAUAUACUUUUAUUGAAUUCCAUAUGCUGAUAGAUAUUGGUUAGUGUUAUUCAAUUGCAUGUUAACUUUCCUUUGGUCUUAACCUUACUUUUCUUGAAUUUACAUUUAGUUCAGUAUCAAAGAAACUUUAAGAUAUUUCUAGGAAAACUCAUACACUAAUACAUAUUGGUAAGAGCUAUUCAACUGUGUCAAAAAUUGUUGGUCUUGAGUUCACUUUACUCAUUUUGUGUUUAACUUAGUUAUCAAGAUUUUUUUCUUCAAAUUAUAUAUUAGUAAGAGCUAUCCAACUGCAUCAAAAUUUUCUUUACCUUGACCUUCCAUAUGACCUUUACCUCACUAUUCCUUAAUUUGUAAUUAGCUCAUUUUCAAAAAAAGUAUUCCGGAUAUUUCUAUUAAAACUAAUACACUGGUACAUACUCAUGAGAAUUAUUCAAUUUAAUAUAAGUCUGACCUUAACCUUGCAAUUCGUCAUUUUGCAUUUACUUAAAGGAUGAACUUUAAACAAUUAAGUUAUUCCUUCUUUCAUCAUAUAUUACUAUAAGCUCAGACCAAAGAAGCAGGAUAUUAUUUUUUUGUUCAUUUUACAAUACAAAUGUACAUUGGGUGGGACAUUCAUGUCCUAUAGACAUGUUUCUAGUUCAUUGAUGUUUUAGAAAUGUGAAGCUUUUCGGCUUACCUCUGAUAAAAUACUUUGAAAUAGCCAUGGACUGAGAAACAAUAAAAUAAAGUUUAUUCUUAUA